AGCGCUACAGAGCUGAACUCACAAGCAGCAGCCCCAACCUUGCUGGAAUCUCGCUUUCCAUGAGGGGGCCAUUCCUCCUGCUCCAGGCUAUGGUGGGGGGCGGGGGUUGGGGAGACAGGUAUGCCAAGGGAAGGUAAUGUGGUCCCAGCUUUUCUCGUGACAGUUUCCUCUUCUUCACGAAGCUCCACAUUCAGCUGCUGCAAUGCAGGCAAAAGUGACAGACAUUCGCAGAAAAAUGUGGGAAGGGAGUUAAUGAGAUUGCAUUCAUAUGUCGUUUAUUGAGCAUGAGUUAUCUCUUUGUUUCUUGGGUUGGUAGGAAGUGAGCCGGCUGGAGAACUCAGUUGGCAGGAUCCUUUUCAGGACUGUACUUCACCUCCCCGGGUGUCUGGGCUGCAGCACCGCCAGAUGCCUCCUGCUUCUUAGCACAGGGGACAUUGACCCUCGGAGGCAAGGGGCCCUGGAACAGGGAAGCUCUCAUCGUUUUGGCAGGACCCACACGAGAACCAUCCGACACAUUGCACAGACUGAGCGGAUGAAGAGUGCCUAAGAGACUGGCGGUCAGCAUUCCCUAAGAUGGAGAAGACAGAUGCCAAAGACCAAUCCUCUCAGGCAGACGAGGAGAAAGACCAUCCAAAGAGCCACCCCUACUCGGUGGAGACCCCAUAUGGCUUUCAUUUAGACCUGGACUUCCUCAAGUAUGUGGAUGACAUUGAGAAGGGAAACACCAUCAAAAGGAUUCCUAUCCACAGAAGGGCCAAACAGGCCAAGUUCAGCACUUUGCCCCGAAACUUCAGCCUUCCUGACAGUGGGGCUCGCUUGCAUGCUGCUCUUCCCCACCCAAACUGGUCCCCACUGGUGUCCAGGAAAGUGUCGCUGGGGACAGAGGAGCGAGCCCAGGCACUGCCGCUCGGUGAUCACCCCCAAGCCUCCCUGCGUGGGAGCGAGGGGAGCUACCACAGGAGGGCCGUGCUGGCUGAGACAGCCAGACAGCUGGAGGCUGCGGCUCCCGGAGAGGCUGAGCUCGCCUCCGGGAGUGGACGGCCCCAGCUUUUGAGAGCAUGCAGCAUGCCAGCCACACUGCUGCAAAACAGGGCCUCAGAAGACUCCAGCCUCACCUCAGGUCCUCCCACACUGCCCGUCCUCAUUCCCCUUCCGGGAGAAGGCAAUGUCUGUGGGGGCACCUUUGGCCCCGCGGAAGGAUUUGAAGGUGUUCCCAACUCCACCACCAGGGCAGCUACCCAACCAAAAGUCAAAGAGCUUGGAGACCUGGUGCCAGGGAUUCCAGAACUGGUUCGGGAAACGGCUGAGCACCCGGAGGGUGAAGAAAAGGCUCCACAUCUGCUCCCUCCCCCAAGUCCUCCUUUCUCAUCCCAGAAUGCACUUGUAGUUUUAGAGGAUGCAAAAGAUGAACAUAAAACCAGAGAAGCAGAGGUGGUGUUCACCCCUGGCUCCCCAACACCAAGCCCCCCACCUCUGCCCUCACCCAUCCCUGAGAAUGAGCUCCCCCUGGAAGAAAUAGAGCUCAACAUCAGUGAGAUUCCCCCUCCACCGCCAGUGGAGGUGGACGUGAGAAGCGUUGGCACUCGGGUCACAGAGGAAAGCCUGGGCCUUGCUGCCCUGGAUCCUGGCAGCAUCUCCAGCCUGAAGCAGCAGCUCUUGGACCUUGAGGAAGCAUUGUCUGGAAAAAUUGAGGAACUGGUCCAGGUGAGAGCUGCCCUCCAAGAACAGGAGGAGGAAAUCAAGGCUAAGGGGCAGAGGAUCCAAGAGCUCGAGUGCACUGUAGCUCAACUGGCAGGAAAGCUUAGCCAUGGGAACACCAAAGACGCUCAGGGCCAAACUGAUGCCACAGUCAACACCGACCCCCUCCUCGGACUCUCGGCCAGGCAGUCAUGUGACAAGAGCAUUGGUGUCAACCUUCUGAGCAGCAUGGGAUCUGAAAGUUGGAGGGCCAGAGGAGAGGAGAAUGGCCUCCUCUGGGGGCAGGACAGUCACAAACAGGGAGAUCAGAGCCCAGCAGAAUUCAUGCCACCAUCCCAGCUGUCACUGCCAGAGGACCCUGAGAUGGUCCUCACCUCUCCUUUAUGUAGCUGCUUCUCUACUGAGCUCAGGAUAGAAGAGGGAGGCUCUGAGCAGGAUGGAGACCCUCAGGUGGGAGCCGAGGGUCUGGUCAGAGGAGCAGGAGGCUCUUUAGGGAGCAGUGACAUAAAGGCUCCCCCAGCAGGGCAGGAGGAGGCCAGUUCAGAACUCCCAGGGAAGGAGGGCACACAAAGGCCACCAAGCUCACCCACAGAUGCCACCAUUGGGCAAUAUGUUAAGAAGAUCCAGGAGCUCCUGCAGGAACAGUGGAGCUGCCUGGAGCACGGGUACCCAGAGCUGGCCAGUGCCAUCAAGCAGCCCGCCUCCAAACUCAGCAGCAUCCAGCGCCAGCUCCUGAGCUCCCUCAACCUGCUGCUGUCUGCCUACUCAGCCCAGGCUCCACCCCAGAAGGAGUCCCCAGCCCCCUCCUCCUCACCACCACCAAUGGAAAUCUCCCCGUCGACCAGCCUUAAAUCCAUAAUGAAAAAGAAAGACUAUGGCUUCCGUGCAGGAGGUAAUGGGACCAAAAAGAACCUUCAGUUUGUUGGGGUUAACGGUGGCUACGAGACCACCUCAAGUGAGGAGACCAGUGGCGAGGACAGCUCCCCAGAAGACUUGUCUGACAGUGAGGCUGAGAAGAAGUGUGAUGGCCCAGAACAUAGGCGGGACAGAGACGCCCACUCCAGCUGCAAGGUGGGACAAGGCGUCUCUGAGAGCACCUGCGACACAGGCCAGGAAAGGGGACCUGGGGAAGAACCCCUUCUUCCCAAGGCUGAGCGAUACAAACCCUCUGAAGAAUUUCUUAAUGCAUGCCGGGCAUUGAGCCAGCAUCUGCCAGAAACUGAGACCACCACCGACCAGCUCUUGAAGCAAAGCUUGAACACCAUCAGUCAAGAGUGGUUUCGCGUUUCUAGCCGGAAGUCAUCCAGUCCUGCUGUGGUGGCCGCCUACCUCCAGCCUCACUCCCCACACUUCCUAAAGCUGCUCGUCAACUUGGCUGAUGGGAAUGGAAACACAGCCCUGCACUACAGUGUGUCCCACUCCAACUUCCCCGUCGUCAAGCUGCUGCUGGACACAGGCGUCUGCAACGUGGAUCAUCAGAACAAAGCUGGCUAUACCGCCGUGAUGAUCACUCCCCUGGCUUCUGCGGAGACCGAUGAAGACAUGGCUGUCGUCUGGAAGCUCUUAAGGGAAGGAAAUGUGAAUAUCCAAGCUACCCAGGGAGGCCAGACUGCACUGAUGCUGGGAGUCAGCCACGACAGGGUGGACAUGGUCCGAGCGCUGCUGAGCUGCCAGGCAGAUGUCAACCUGCAGGACCACGAUGGAUCGUCGGCCCUGAUGCUGGCCUGUCACCAUGGCAACGCGGACAUGGUGCAGCUGCUCCUGGCCCACCCAGCCUGUGACAGCAGCCUGACGGACAAGACUGGCCAAACAGCUCUGUCCAUCGCUCUGCACCAGCCUGCCCAUGUGGAAAUUGCAGGGCUUCUGCAGGCCCAUGUGGAGCGGGGCAGGCUCCUGGGGCUGUAGGGGCUGUGGAAGAACUGGCAGCCAGGAACAAACGGCUCCUUCUCUGGACUCCUCCCUCGCCCUUGGAGAGGGCACGGGUCACAGCUAGAAGGCCACCCCUCAAGAGGAAAAACUAUGUCAAAUAUGCACAUACAUUCCUGUUGUGUAAUUCUGCUCAGUAGGAUGCUUUGUAGUUUUGCCUUAGGCCAAGCCCCCAGACAACUCAGGCUGCAGAGCAGGAUGCAAGGUGCAGGGCGCUUUGGUGUCAUCUAAAAUCCCGGAUAUCUUCAGCCUGGAAUUCUUCAUGAUUCCACCCUUUGUAGCAUUGCUUAGUGAGCCGGCAGGCAGGAGCACAUUAGAAAAGCAAUACUUUUUACAUGGAAUUUUAAAGUGCACCAUCUUUUUGUUUUUUACCCAAAUAUGUAUGAAUAUGUCCCCUUGACUAUGCAUGUCUAGAGAAGAUGGGGGAGAUUUAAACAGUCGUCCUGUCAGUCAUUCUCUAGAAGAUCGUAGGAGAAUCACCAUGCAGACAGGUGACAAUGAACAAACUCCAUUUGGGGCCUGUGCCCACUUGGGGUGGACAAGAGAAAUCUUAAAUUCAGUCAAGGUAGAAAGAAGCACACUGGCGUCAGUGCCAGAUCUACAUCUAAACCACCUGUGAGCCAUUUAGCAGCUCCAGUUUGCUCCACGGAAAUUGGAAUUAAUCAGGAAAUCCAAUCCAGUGAAGCACACCACAUGUAUUUAGGCAGUCAGUUGCGUCAGCUAUUCUGAAAAAAAAACAAAUGAAUCAGAGUAUCCUCCUGGGGAUGGGUUCUUGCCAUCCAGAAGUCCCACAUUUCCUCCAUAGCUGUAUCCAUGGCCCUAUGGUAAUCCCAGCUCCUUCCAGCCCCGAUGAGCAAACUGUGAGCCCGCUGAGGUCCUGAGGUUUCUGCGGUCCCAGAUGGCAGACUCUUCUGGCCUGGGCCACAGCAGGCGUGUGGGAGCCAGGCAGAGCAGGCCUGCCCUGGGCUGGCAUCUCUCUCCCCUGCACAGUUCUCUCUUAAACUCCCAUAAUCCCAGGACUCAUACGUACGUGGCCCAUAUUCAGUAACUCACACAGGGUCAUCUACAAAUUUGUUCUUUCUUAAAGUCUCUUAUGCACAAAAUCACCUUAAGUGAAAAAGAAAGACAUCAGAGUUCAGUGAGCCUCACAUUGGAAACAAAAUCUUGAGAUCUUAUUUUGACUGAGAUGCCAAUUUGCUUGGUGCCCCUUGGGUGAGUCACAAAACCUCCUUGGGCCUUAGUUUCAUUGUCUUUAAAAACGAAACUUACACAACCUACCUCCUGGGGGUGUUGUGCAAGGCACAGAUGAUGGAAGUUUGGGAAUCCAGUUUUAAUCCAAGAAGACGGGAUACGGAAGUUUGCCGUUAGGAUUCACAAGAGAGGCUCACGGCCCCAGAGCAGGACACUGGCAUGUGACGGAGUUGCUCAGAGGUGGCAAGAAUGGAGCAAUUAAUAAGCUAAAAAUGUUAUAUAAAUGGGUUUGUUUUGACCUCAAAGCACACUUUAAGAGCAAAGCCCUACAUCAAUAAAUAUUUUACCCCAGUGCUUCUCAAACUCUGAUAUGUGCACAGAUCUCCCAAGUGUAGUAGGUCUGGGGGAGGGAAGGGGCCUGAGAUUCUGCAUUUCUAACCAGCUCCCAGGGGAUGCCAAUGCUGCUGGGCCACACCACACUUGGAGUAGCAAGGAUCUGGCCUUUGACUGUUUGUAUAUUAAAAUGCUGCCCCUCAA